UUGGAACAACAAACCACAUUCUAUUGAUGGAACAAUCAGAGAUAUCAAAGCACAUAUACACAACUGGAUUUCUUGCAAGUUGCAACACAAAUAGAAAGGAAAUACAAUUUGACAUUGAAUUAUUUGAACAGGGACUCAUGCCACACAUACACAAGAACAGCCGCCUAAAAGUAGUCAAAUGGGUUAUUACCUCUAAUGCCGAUCUAUGCCUCAGUGUGGACGCUGCUUUUCAACACAAGAGAACUGGAGGAGCCAUUUUACGUUAUAGGAAGGGGACCCUAUUAGUAAUAGGCUAUUACUAGCAUUCAGCUUCCCAACAACGGCCUCCACUCCAUUACAAGCAGAGAUGCAAGCCACGCGACAAGAAUAACAACUAGAAAAAGGUCAUAAAUCAUUUGAAAUACAAACUGACUCAGAACAGAUUUACAAAGCUUGCAAAGGAUCCAAGAGACCCGAGACCUUUGCUCCACGAAACAAUUGACUAUCACACACAUGUUCCGAGAAGGAAAUCAAACCGCUCACAGUUUGGAUCGUGAAGGCCUGAAAUCGGACUCACUGACCUUCUACAACGAACGACACCCACCACACGACGUCAGGCUGGCUUACAAUGACGACCUCAAGGAAGAAGAAUGUUUCGCGACUCAGGUUGAUAGUCGUCUUCUGGAAUCUUACCUGUCUGGACCGGAAUUUUUGGGCGGUUCCUGUCUGGGCCUCAACCUAUUUGGCAGCUAAUGGCCACAUCCCACUGGUCGGGCUGGCCUGGUGGAUAAUGGUCUAGGGCUUGGGCUGUUGGGCAUGUUGGUCCACAUUGUGGGCAUGAACUCGGGGUCAUUUACUGCCUCGGGGUCACUCUCCCUAACCUAGGCUAUUUUCAU